AUGCGGUCGACUGAAAUGUAUAUUAAAAUAGUUUGUUUUGUGUUCUUAUACAAUACAGGGCUUGGGAAGUAUGCUACAGGUGAAUUAAUACCGUCACACAAUCCUCUGGAUAAACCAUUCGCCGAGCUGCCAUGUCUGACGAUUGGAGGUAUUUGCGCAGGAGAAUACAACUGUCCCAAAAAUUCCAGGGUACCUAUCAAAGGUCUAUGUCCUUUGCAACAAAAAGAAGGAAUUGAGUGCUGUAAACCUGAGAAUCCUAUACUAAGAUGUCGUUCAAGAGGCGGUAACUGUGAAUCAAUUGAAGAUAUUCAAUGCCCUCAAUUUUUAACAGUCAAGGAAGCUACGGAUUGUGGAAGGAAUGAAUACGUUAUUCACAUCAAAGAGGUUGUUAUGCUCGACUUUUUGGAUCGCAUUCACUCUGCAAAGGAUAUAGUUGUCGACAUACUCAACUAUAUCACAGAUAUUGAGCUGAAAAACAGAACAGCUUGA